AUGUCUUCGAAGACCAUCCUGCUCGAACGAGGCCCUCGCGACUAUAUCUGCAAAUCCUGCCUCUCUGCUCUGCGCAGACAGCCCGCGCGCCCGCCCGCCCGUCCGCCCGCGCGAUGGGGAGUGCGACAGGCGUCCCAGGCCGCUGCGGCGCAAGUUUCGGGUCCGCCCCGAAAGAAGCCACUGCCGACCGAUGACCCAGAGCGCCUGAGGACCCUGAGGAAGCUCGGCCUGCUCAAAGAGGAAGGCCGGGACACACAGCUCAAGGUGAACUAUUUCGAAGAGGCAGAGGGAGGGAAGCUGCGCCGACUUGACAGCCACGAGCAGUUCGCCGGCUCCGUCAACGAUGCCGGUGGCGAGUUUUCUGCGCAGUUGGAGGAGCUGGAGAAGGGAUACGGCGAGGCGUCCAAACUGUUCGACCUCUUUGAGAAGGCCGACAUCGAGGAACGAAAACUCCACAACAAGGUCGUCGACGAUCAGCUGAACAGCGGGCUCGACAAGGCGCUCGAUUCGACCCAGAGGCUGGAUCCUGCCGCCAUCAAUGCCUUGGACGAACUGUCGGAUGAGCUGGAGAGGACGUCGACCGGCCCGAUGCUCAUUGACCUGAACCACCCGUAUGCUGCUAGGUGGAACACCAACGAGAUGAUCCGGAUCAAUAAGUUGAAUAACAAUCUGGACCUUGCUGCGAGGCAACUCGACCGUGGAAACGUCAAUGCGAAAGGGUUCGAACUGUGGAAGUGGUAUUCAGCUGCCCGCAAGACCCUUGCCAGGAACUGGGAAACGGUUCCAGCAGCCACUUGGGAGGUCCUGUGGGAGGUCUUCUCCAUCGAAUCCUCCAAGAACCCCAACCGUUGGAGUCACGUUCACAACCUGGCCAAGGACAUGAACGAGGCCGGGUUCAAGUUGGUACCGCAACGUCAACUGAUGGCUAUCGAGGCUCUCUUCCUGGAAGGGUGGCACAAGGAAGCUAUAGAAAACCACAAAAAGUCGGUGGCGACGCUCGGGACCGACUCCAAGACGUUUCUUGAUUUCUGGCAGCUAGGAUUACGCAUGUAUUGCCACUCUGGAGACUUGGAGCGGGCCGAGCGCCUGCUGGACAUUAUUUUUGAGUCGUCAUAUCAGUACGACCCCCGAGUCGCCUUCCCGUUGAUCCGAGCAUUUGGGCAGAAGUCUGAGACGGUAGACAAGGCUUACGAGCUGUACCGGGUUGCGAGGUCAAAGCUAGGAGAUGCCAUGACUAUUGAAGACUAUGACGAGAUCGUAUCUUCUUUCCUUGCGGCGGACCAGGCGGAAAAAGCCCUGUGGAUAUUUGUCGAAAUGAUGACCAACGGCCGUAUCGAUCUUCGCCACAUGAGCAACCUCCCUCCCAGUGUCGCGAAUGGAUUCUUCAUUGGGAAGUGGCUAAAAAGACUGAUAGGGACUGGUGAUUUCGACGGUGCCUACAACGCGCUACUCCAUGUCAAGGCGAAGGGGGUGAUGCCUAGCCCCAUAGUUGUCAAUGUCCUGGUAGGAGCUUGGUUACGCUCAGGAUCCGCAGAGAACAUUGAAAAGGCCGAAAUGAUAGCUUGGGCUAUGAUCAACUCGAGGGUAAUGUUUGUUCAGGACCGAGCACAGCGUGGAUCUCUGGCCAAGAGCAUCAUCCCGUCGACUGGCCUUGCAAGCCCCAUCACUGUCAAACAUUCAAGAGACGGGUGGCCGAGCGCGACCCUCGAAACUUUCUCGUUACUCGCAGAGAGCUUCAAAGACCGUGGGGUUCUCACUAAGAUGGAAGAGCUUUGGCGUGCUUUCAGAGCCGCUGAGAUCGGACCAGACUCCUUCUUCAUGAACCAAAUGCUCUUCUCCCUACUUCGAAAUGGACAAGGGAAGAACGUCCGUGGCCUGUAUCGAGCUCUGACUGACGAGUUCAAGCUCGACAAGCUCCAACCUGAUUCUUGGACAUUCUUGGCCCUCUGGCAAGCCCUGGCUGUCAACCGCCUCCAAACUCUCAGGCCUGAGCAAGUACCAACCGAGAGAGUAGCCAGCAGAGAACUAUUUGCCGAGAUGGUGGGAUAUGCUGCCAGCUUCCAAAAGGAAGGGAUGGACAGCCAGCUGGCAAGGAAUAUCAUGCAUACCUUCCGCCAGCUAGAAGAUCCCUUCGGGAUGCUUGUUGCAUUUAGAGCACUACGUCAGGUCUUUCAGGUAUCCAAUGCAGGGUCGAUGGUACUGGAGUUGCUAGCUGGCACAACCAACGUCGAGAAAGCCGCAGGUAGUGUGAAACUCAGGAAGAACCUCGUUGCGGCGACGCAGCGCAUCGAGCAUUAUCUUUCACAGAGACAGAAGGAGAUGGUGAAAGCCGGGCAGCUCAGGAAGAAGCAAGAUAUCCCCGAGGAGGUCAGGACGGUCGAGUUGGCCAACCUCCUAGAACUGCACCUAGAGUCGCAACUCGCCGAGGUCCCGAACGCGCAGGAGCUGUUCAUGCAGGCGGCCCAAGAGAUGGGCGUCUAUAGCUCCGAGUCUGACGACGUGGACUGA